GCCUCCUACUGUACCUUUACUUCAGUGUAGCAUUUCCUAAAGAAGACAUUGACAACAUGAUCCUGUUGUGGGUUAUACUAAUUCUACUUCCUCAAGGAUAUGCUUUGGUUCCAGUGGUCAAAGUUCACCCUGGCCAACCUGCGGCUUUGACAUGUGAUUUUACAGAGAGUUUUCCGAGCGUUGGUUGGCUUCACUGGUACAGGCAAACUCCGGGAGAUACUCUGAAAUUAGUUGCAAUGCUGCGCAAAAAUACAAACCCCAUAUAUGGGCCAGGAUUUACUUCCUCAUACUUCAAAAUCACCUAUGACGAGAAAAUGAGCAAUCUGACAAUUCUGAAAACUGCUGAAGAAGAUGAGGGAAUGUAUCAUUGUGUUCAUGUCAACCUAGUUGAAUCUAAGUGGAUUGGGACGUAUUUAUCCUUAAAAGGGGAAAGGAGAACAGACUACAAUGUUGUUCACCAGCCUGCAGUUUCACAUUCUGCUCUUCAAGGAAACUCUGUGUCCCUGCAGUGCUCAUUUCUCACUGACACUGACCAAAAGUCCUGUUCACGAGAACCCACUAUAUUUUGGAUUCGAUCUGGAGUUGAUGAAUCUUACCCAGAUAUCAUCUACACUAACAAAAAAAGAUCUGAUCAUUGUGAGAAGAGAGCCAACAUGCAGAGAUGCCUUUACAACUUCUCCAAGAAAGUAAGCUCCUCUGAUACUGGGACUUACUACUGUGCUGUUGCCACAUGUCGAAAGAUAUUAUUUGGCAAUGCAAUAACACCAAAUAGUGAAGCUACAGAAUCAAGUUUUCAGCCAUUGGCAAUAUUCCCAGCCAUACUGACCACUGUUUUAGCCUCAAGUUUUAUAGUUCUACUUGUCUUCCUCUGGUUGAUCAUUCAUAAAAGCAAAUGUCAACAUUGCCAAGCUGCUGUUGAGCUGCAAACGCCAUAUGAUCUGAGCAGCCACAAGACAGAAGAAGACAGAAUGCUGUUUUCUGCUGCAGUCUUCACCUUGAUUAAAACUGUUCAGACUGAAACAAAAGCACCAGAAAGACGGAUAUUUGCUGCAGUAGAAGCCUAAUCCCUGAGUUAAACAUACCCAACCUCAAUCUUAUUUGUCUGUUUGGUUUUCCUACAAACAUCGGUUUAAAUUGAAUUUAGAUUAAUGAGCACAAAAGUCAUAUAUCUAUAUAGGUCCAGAGCCUUUGACCCUUGUGGGCUAUAUGGCUUUAUGAAGCAGUGGGAGAUCCAGGAUCUAAACAACUCAUGGUAAAAGUUUAAAAUGUUCAAAUGUGUACUGAAUCUAGUUCUUUUACAGAAAAAAAAAAAAAAAUAGGAUUCAAAAACAGGCAGGAAAACCUUAUUCAACAAUGGAAGCAGAUUAUCCAUGUACAUUCUCACUGCAAAGACUAUUUAGAAAUAAGUAAAUAUUUCUUAAAUUAGGUGUAUCUAUCCUUAUUCUAAGUAGGUAAAUG